UUUGCAGAGAAAGGUUUGGAAACCCUGCAAAAGUCAGCUGAAGUUGCACUCAACAGAUACGAAGAAAAAGACCAUGAUCUUUGCUCAAAGUUACAAAAAAAUCGAUCAGAACAAGAUGAGCUCAGGAAAAGGCUUGCAGCAUUACAAGUACAAGAAGCAGCAUUAGAGGAUGAAAGGGAUGAGAAAAAAGCAACCCAGCAAAGAGCUGAACAGACUGAGAAAAGAGCUAGAGAUGAACUCCAAAACUGGAAGAGACAGAUUGAAGAACUACACAGGUGUUGUCAGGCUGCACUCAGUGUCAUGUGGCAGUUCAAAGAGGGAUCCUUCAAGCUUAUCAAUAGUUCCAUCGUAAACAAGACAAACGAAGAAAGACACCUUCAUGAGCUAGAUAUCCUGGCACACAAGACACUUAGGGAAGCUCUUGUUGCUGCGUCUCUUGAUUGUAAAGAAGUUAUUAAGAGUUCUGAUGCAUCUCUGGAAUUGAUUACUAAAUUGGUGGGUUGAAUUGAAU